ACACUUAUUAUUGGCGGGGAGUGUGAGGGCCUUUUCCGUCAUUUCAACAAAAUCCCAAUUAGGGUUCUAUUUUUGCUGGGGUGGCACCUUCUCAGGUCGGUUGCUGCUCAAUUUUUCGCUACCGCUGCUUUCUUUCUCUUUCUUUCUUUCUUUCUGGGUUCUUUUGCCUCAAUUAUUAUUAUUAGUAGUAGAUGAUCAAAGAGUAGUAAAUAGAGAUGAUGAUGAUGAUGAUGAUGAUGACAGAGGAAGUGAUGGAAUCUAGCCAAAAGGAAGAGGGGGAUUUGUCAGAUACGACAAACAAAAAGAGUUGCUCUGAUUGCAAAACCACAAAGACACCCUUGUGGAGGAGUGGCCCAUCAGGCCCCAAGUCGCUGUGUAAUGCCUGUGGGAUCAAGCACAGAAAGAGGCGGCCGGCGGAGGGGUGGAAGAAUGAGGUGAAGAAGGGCAAAAUAGGGAAAACAAGAAAAAUGAUAAAACCAUUGGGGGAGAAAGUGGAAAUUGAAAAUUCAGAGGAGGAGAGAUCAAGAUCAAUGAAGAAGAAGAGUAGGAGGAGGCAAUCACAAUCACAAUGGGGAGAGGUUGAGAGAGCUGCCCUGCUUUUGAUGGCUCUUUCUUGUGGUGCUGUCUUUGCCUAAUUUUCAAUUAUUCUCUCAUUCAAUAUUUAUUUAUUACUUACUCAGUGUGUGUGUGUGUGUGUGUUUGUGUGUGUGUCACA